AGUCAUUCAAUAUUUUGACAAUUCUAGUCUAUACGUACUGUAUACUGUUGUGACAUCUCAACAUGGCCAAAUCGUUCAUGUUCGCGGUUUUUUUAAUCGGAUGCUUGAUAGUUCAAGCUUCGUACGCUGUACCACCCAAAACUCAAACUCUAGAAGAUCAGGAAGACGCAAAUCCAGAAGAUGAAGUACCAGAAAAUGACCGUCCUCUUCCAUUUUUGACCUGUCUGCUGUUCGAAAACGAUUCCGCAUGCGAAGGAACAUGCUCGUUGAUCGGAUCAGUCUACGGCCAACCAGUCUCUUCGGGAGUCUGCGGAGAACAACACGACUGCAAAUGUAACAUUACACCUGAUGCCACCCUGGAAGACUACUGGAACAAGAAAUUCGACUCGGCAGACGUACUUGCCGAAAUCUUGAAAAACAAAAAACUUUCGAAAAAAGUUUUCAACGUUCUCAGAACACCAUUCAGAACACCUCAAGAAACCAUAUCCGAUCUGAAAGAGGUUCUGAAUGAAAAACAACUACAAAGUAUUCGCCCUAAAGACAAAACAGCUCAGAAAAUAUUCCUCGCUGAUGGUAAAUUCGAUCACACUGCUGUAAAAAAAUACGCUGCCAAGAAUCUGAAAUCUUUACAAGUGUCAACCGAAGAAACCAAUUUCCCAAGAGCCCUGUCCAAAGCCUUACGCAGCGCGGAUAAUUUCUCUUUUUAUCGUAUCCACGAUGAAGUACGUCGCUCGGGAAAUAAAUUUUUAAAUAAAAUCCUCACCGAGUUUAUGAACGUCCGCAAUUUAUCAAGAACUGCUCCAAGUGCUGAAGAUGGCGAUGAAGAAAACUUGAUCGAUCUUCUGGACGCAGCUGUAAUCAAUAAGUUGGUCAAAUUACCGCCUCGUGAUCCGUCCACUCGACGCGAUAGGGUAUUGAAUUUAUCCUCAUCGCGUGCCCGAGGAGGCCCUGGAAGCUGGUUCAAACUUCGAGGAUUCAGGAAAUCAGAGGUUUCUAAAUUUCAACAAGGAAACAGAUGCUGGAAUGAAGAUGGCUACUAUAGGGUUUGUUUAUCUAAAAGUGGCUCUGCCCUGGGCCUGACUUGGCGUAAUAACAAAGAUGUCGUUGGUGUGGACAUCAGUAUGGCUGAUAAGAAUGAAAUAAACCAAAAAUGGUACUUCCAAAACGACGUGGUCGUUAGUUUGAGUCGAAAGAAGAAUGGACAAAACGUCCAAACAUGGAAGUUCGGUGAUACCGUUUAUCAAGUUAGUAAAAAUUCCAAGGGUGCCAUUAAUGGCGAGAACUGGUCACCUGAGAAAGAUGAAGCUUCCCUCGAGAAAUAUAAACAGCAAAUCAGUUCUUGGUGCGAUGAAAACGAUUACAUAGUGGGCAAAGAAAAUUGCGUUAUUUUUUAAAUCAAAAGGAAAUUACCUCGUGUAUAUGUACCUGAGUAGAGAAUUAUAAGUUUUAACUGAUGCAUUGAA